AUGACAUCCACUCGUUGUGCAGCUUGCAAGUAUUUGAGAAGAAGAUGCCCUUCAGAUUGCAUUUUCGCUCCUUAUUUUCCUUCAAAUAAUCCUCCAAGAUUUUCUUGUGUUCAUAGAAUCUAUGGUGCUAGCAAUAUUGGAAGGAUGCUUCGGGAACUCCCGGUUCAUCUCCGAGCUGAAGCUGCAGAUUCCUUACACUACGAGGCACAAUGCCGGAUUCAAAACCCGGUUUAUGGCUGUGCCGGUAUCAUCUCUGCGUUGCAUCAACAAAUAUACAAAGCACAAAGUGAGGUAGCCAGGGUCCAAGCGGACAUUGCCUUCCUAAUGAGUAAUACUAGUAGUGUUCAUGAACAAAAUGUUGCUGCUCCAAGCUUCAACAACAUGACCUUCUUGGCAGAGCAAAAUAGUACUGUUGGGCAGCCAUCACAUGUCCCUUCCACUACUUGGUUUUACUAG